AUGGUGAAAGAAGACAUUUUUUUAUAUGUUGAAACUACUAAGCAAGCUCGAGAAGAUGUUAAUCUAAAACUGGAGGAGUUACGGGUAGAUAUGGCGAAGGAAGUUGAUGCGAUAUCUCAUGAUUUUUCUACUCUUCACACCAAAGUAGAUAUCAUUGCAGCCGUAAUGACAAAUGUUGUUAAAUGGUAUCAAUCCUUACUUCCAAAGGUUAAUAAAAUAGCAGAGCUUAAUACACAAAGUUUUUCUAAGGUUGAAGAUUCGUUGAUAAACCAUAAGGAUUUAGUCUUGAAGAUUGGUUCAUCAUCUUCGCAGAUUACUCCUCAUUCUUUGUCCUAA